UUCAGAUCACUGCACCUGGGGCGAUUAGCAGACAUGGAUGGAAGCGAUGAGGAGGAGCACUGGAACUUGCCUACAUCUCCACCGGCGCCCUUCCUAGGCCCAGAGGCGAGCUCUUCUGAGCACACAGUGGGUGCCAGCAUGGCAUUUCCUGCAACAGGUGCAAAAGGGGCCCUGGGAUUGAGCUUCAGUGGCGGAUCUGGGGGCAUGACUUCACUGUCAUGGCGAGAUGGACGCUUUUCCGAUUGGACUGUCCAGGUUGGAGAGAAAUUCUACCAUUUGCACGCAUUCCUGUUGGCCCGAGCGUCUCUCUUUUUUGAGAGCCACAUGAGCAUCGCAGCUCGUACGGAGCAGGGCAACUUCAAAGGGAGUGAUUUGACAGAGGUUCUACCUACCUCGUGUCACUCGGCCUUCGAGGAUGCAUUGGACUUCAUGUACUCCGAAAACCAGGCAAACUUUGAGGCACCUGCCUCCAAGGCACUUCUCCUGCUGAAGAUCGCAGAUAUUCUGCAAAUCAGCAGUCUCUUUGAAGCCAUGGGCCGUCGAAUCGAGGCUGCCUUUGAAGACACCGCGCCCUUGCUGCUGGAGCAGUACUGCCGAUUCCACAUCCCCGGCACUGAUGAUGGGGCUGCCCUCCGCCAGAUCCGCGAUGGGGCGGUGGACCUGAUCGCGCGAAAGUUCCAACCUUUCCUCACCAACACCGAGAUGAAGACGGCCUUGUUGCGGCUUCCUGCACGUGUCUUGGUGGAGAUCCUUGACGCGGAUGAGCUGUUAGUAGCCAGCGAGGAUGUCGUCUUCGACUUCGUCUUAUCUCGCUUGCAGCUGGAAGAGCCUCCGGAGUCAGACGGUCAGAACAGCGAUGGGAGCUCGGCCGACAGCGAUGCUGGGGAGAAGGCUUCUCCUUCGGGACGUCCGGAUUGCGCGGAGUCUGAUGAUGAAGAGGCCUUGUGGGACAAAGUUCGAUGGGCCUUCCUGAGCUCCCAGAAGUUUGCACAGGCGCUAGCUUUGGGCAAAAGCCUUCUGAAACCUGAGGUGACCCUUCGAGCACUGACGGCAAGAAGCAUCAGAUUCGACCUGGGAGGUGCUGAAGCUUUCGGCUCUAUGGGAUACGUGGCCAGUCUCGUACCGAGGCGUCCUAUCUUGCCACCGGGAGUGCCGCCUCCCACAUCGACAGAGAUAGAUUUCUGCUUCCACUAUGCACACUCGGAGCAGUAUGCAUGUGGCGAGGCCUUGCGUUCGCAGCCAAAAAGGAUUGGUGAUGUUGUUCUUCGAGUUUUAGUGUUUCCAGCUGGGACAGACACAGGAGUUGCCAGGGGUUCGCUCUCUGUCUUCUUGGAGGCUGUGCCUCAACCAAACUGGCCACGAGACUGGGAGUUUGCAAACAUCCGGUACGGCAUAGCAUGCAUCAGAUGGCCAUCAGGCUCUGGUGAGACCUGGGCAGCCAAGAAAAAGAGUGACCUUUGGACCUUCAAGGCCAACCGGCUGGAUCGCGGGUGGCACGACUUUCUAGCUCCAGGUGAGAUUCAUAGAUACUUGGGUCCUGAUGGAUUUGUUUGUAUUCGCGGUUCUUUGGAGCAAGAAUGCUUGGGUCGAGCUUUCCUGCUGAAUCAGGGCUCGCACACCGGCUAUUCUGGAGACCCUGAGGGUGCUUUUCUUGAUGGCGAUGUGUCCCUUUGUGGGAGGGUUGUUGUAGGCGGCGUGGGAGAUGCUGCGGGGUCUUCUGCAAGCCGACGGUCUUGGGUGCACACGUCUGCUUUGAUUUGUGUGGGGCUGGCGCAAGAGGCCACGUUCACAUCCAGAGCAGCAGUGAGUUGCAGCUUGUCUCACCGGCGCGUGAAGCACAAUGACAUGUCAAGAUGGUGGGAAUGUUUUUGCUGGAGUCUUGACCCAGAGCUGACAAGCUUAUUGAGCGUGCUGUACAAAUACACACAUACACAUACAUAUUAUAUACAUACAUGCAUGUAUGAAGACAGAUAGACAGCCA